AUGAGACCAGCUAGAAAGCAGGCAGACGAAUCCAUUUUAAAAGUAGGACCAACAAGAGUCUCAUCCGAUACUCCUGGCACGUUCUAUAAUAUAUGGUACAACAAAUGGUCAGGUGGUGAAAGGACAUCAAAAUUUUCAAGAGAGAAAGCAAAAACACGUUGUAAUGUAGCACUUGAUGCCGGCGAAACUAAGGGCGAUAAAAUGCCUAGUACAUACUUCUGUCUAUAUUUUGCGCGUGGAUGCUGUCCUUUUGGACACGAAUGCGGUUUCUGGCACAGAAUACCUACGGAAUCAGACCCCGUAGACACAACAAUUGAUGUUUUUGGACGCGAUAAAUUCAACGAAUAUCGUGAUGAUAUGGGUGGUGUUGGUUCUUUUAAUAGGGAGAAUCGAACGCUUUACGUUGGGUAUAUCCACAUUAAUCCUGAUAUGGAGGCAAGUCGAAAGAAAGAUAGUACGAUAUCACAAAUUCUUAAGAUAUUAAAGGACAAGGGCGUGGCUUUUGUAACGUAUAUGAGUUCUCUCAAUGCAGAAUUUGCUAAAGAGGCAAUGAGCAAUCAGAGCUUAGAUCAUAACGAGGUACUUAAUGUACGAUGGGCUACCGAUGAUCCAAAUCCUCGUGCCAAAGCCGAAUAUAAAAGAAAAGCAGAAGCAAUUGCAGCACAAGCAAUACAAAAAAGUCUUCCUGCUGAAUUCACAUUAGGCAAUACCGAUUAUACAAACAAACGACCUAGAACGAACUUUGAUUCUAUAACUGAUCAAUAUGGACUAGAGGGAUAUCAAACGCCAGUGGGUUUGGAACAGCCCGCUUUUUAUGAUAAAUCUGUUGGAAGUGGCGAUGAACAACAUUUAAAUACAGUAGUUGCACCUGCAGAAAAUGUUAAAGAUUCUUCACCCAUACAGCAAAAACCGUCAAUUGUUUCCGCAGAAACCCUUGAAACUUUGAAAUACAUUUCACAGAAUUUACAUUCAAAAAAUAUUAAGCCAACAAACACAACUUCUGAACAAAAGUCAAGCAAUUCAGCGCUAACAGGAUUAGCAGUUUAUGAUAGUGAAGAAGAAGACUAA